CCUGAACUCGCUGCAAGCAUGUGGAGGUAGUUGGACUCUCCCCUAGCAAUGGAUAAAUUCGUCAUUCGAACGCCUCGAAUCCAGAAUAGCCCUCAGAAGAAAGAUCUUGGAGGAAAGAUUUACAAGCAGGCCACGAUUGAAUCUCUGAAGAGAGUUGUGGUUGUUGAAGACAUGAAAAGAUGGAAAACUGUGUUGGAGCUUCCUGAUCAAACCAAAGAGAAUCUAAUUGAAGCAUUACAAGAAUUAAGGAAGAAAAUACCCUCUAGAGAAGUGUUAAAAUCAACAAAGAUAGGUCACACUGUGAACAAGAUGCGUAAACACUCAGAUUCAGAAGUGGCUUGCCUUGCCGGAGAAGUUUACACUGAGUGGAGAACUUUCAUUGAAAAACAUUCAAACAGACCUUCUAUUGAAGUCCGGAGUGAUCCGAAAACUGAGAUGCUCAGAAAAAAUGCCCUGAAAUUACUCUCAGAAGCCUUGGAAUUAGAGAUGGAUCACCUACUGGUUGAAAAUAUUGAGCGGGAAACGUUUCAUCUCUGCUCCCGCCUCAUUAAUGGGCCAUACCGGCGGACGGUGAGAGCCCUGGUCUUCACAUUAAAGCACCGAGCUGAAAUCCGGGCUCAGGUGAAGAACGGUUCACUGCCGGUCGGCACGUUUGUACAGACCCACAAAAAGUGACCUGAAGAUGCUUCCAAGCCCGGGCUGGCAGAGAGGAAAACAGGCCUUUCUCUGCCAUUCAAAGACUCUUUUGAAUUUGGGUGAUGGCUGAAGCCGGCUGUGCGAAAUUUUCCCAUGGUGCCGUUCCUUCAGACAAGGGGUGCAGAGAGCCCUGGGAGACAGACCUACAAGAACGUGCUUCAUUAUCUGUAAUGUGCUGGUGCUGCCUGACAGGGUGCGUGCUGGCUGUCACCAGGAAAGCUGUGCGAUUGCCAUCACCCAACACGGUGAAAGGGGAUUUCACUGUGAGUAUGCCAGGGACACCUAUAAACUUCCCCCAUGUCAAGCAGAUGAAGUUACUACUUUAUUUCGCCACCCUGCAGGUAACUGAAACUCAAUUACCACUGCUGCUCAUUUGGUUCCAUCCCCCCGAGUUUAGAUAGCUCUGGUGCCUUUCAGAACUCCCCCAUCUGUUCUCUUUGCUCUACCCCAGGGGUGAGCCUGCCAGAGCCAGUCAACUGCCCCUUCUUUCCAGAACUCACUUAUCUGAACAUUUCAGCUCUCCCUGGAAGACCUUCUGUGUUUGUCUCUGAAGCCCCCAUGCUGAGGAUUCUAAUGAGGAACUGGCCUGAAGCAUCCCCACACGUCUGGUUUUAUUUGAAUAUGUUGGCUGUCUCGGUUUAGGGCUGUGUAGGAGAUCUGUAGUGAAAUUUCUCUUGAAAUGAAUUACUGUAGUAGGAAAAAAAAUACAUAUAUAUUUUGAAAUGAAAUACCUUUAUAUGGGCCUGCUUGAACAAUUAUGUAAACAUUUGCUUUUUA